AUGGCAGAUCCUCCUAUCUUCAGCUUUUUCUGCACUUCCAUCAUUGUUCUAUCAUUGCUGCCCCUAUCCAAUACAGCCGACACCCUGAGUUCAGUUCAAUCUAUUAGAGAGGGAGAGACAUUGGUUUCCCCGGGCCGAAAGUUCGAGCUCGGUUUCUUCUCUGCCGGAAGCUCAAAGAAUAGUUACCUGGGGAUAUGGUUCGUGGUCAGUCCUGAAAAGGUGGUUUGGGUUGCUAACAGGAACAAUCCACUCACCGAUUCAAAUGGUACUCUGAAAAUAAGCAAUGAAGGUGAACUUGUUAUUCUGAACCGAUCAAAUAGCAUCAUUUGGUCGACGAAUUCAACCAAGGCUCUCAGAAACCCAGUUGCACAGCUCCUUGAUUCUGGUAACCUUGUUCUUAAAGAACCCAACAGUUUAGAUUCCGCUGACUACUCAUGGCAGAGCUUUGAUUACCCAUCAGACACGUUUUUGCUCGGUAUGACAUUGGGAUGGAACUUUAGAACUGGCUUGGAACAUCAUCUGACUUCCUGGAGAACCACGGAUGAUCCUUCCCCUGGAGACUAUACACUUAAAUACAAAAUUGAAGGUUUACCUCAACUUGAAAUAGUCAGCAAUGGUUCCGUCAAAGUUCAUCGGUCUGGACCAUGGAAUGGAGUUGAACUCGGCGGUAUGUCCAAGGUGUCGACUCCCAUUGGCAAACCCAUCUUUGUUCACAAUGAAACGGCAGCCUAUUUUGCGAUUGAAAUUUAUAAGGACGAUAUCACUGCCAAAUCCACAUUAAGCCCCGAUGGAAUUGUACAGACUCUUCUACUGAAGAGUGGAAGCACGAAGUGGGAUCUAACGUUCUCGCUCCCUGACAACCCUUGUGACAACUAUGGACAUUGUGGCACCAAUGGCGUGUGCCGAGUUAACCGAAGCCUAAGAUGUCUCUGCUUGCAUGGUUUUAUGCCCAAGUCACAAGAAGAGUGGGACAUGCUCAAUUCGACAGGAGGGUGCAUAAGAAAAGUUCAACUGAAUUCUUCUCGUGGCGAGGGUUUUAUGAAACUUUCGCAUGUGAAAUUACCUGACCUUAUAGAUUUCCAACUAUUCCAGAAUAUGAGCCUUAAAGAAUGCAAGGUUGAGUGUCUAAAGAAUUGUUCUUGCAUAGCUUAUGCUAAUUCGGAUGUUCGAGGAGAAGGCUGCUUGAUGUGGUUUGGUGAUCUCAUUGAUAUUAAGGAAAUUGACAUUGUUGGUUAUGGCCAAUAUCUCUUCGUACGGCUACCUGCUUCAGAAUUAGGAUUGCUUAUUGUAGGCACAGCAUUAAGCAUAAUCUGGAAAAGAAGAAUGAAAAGCCGAGGCUUGCCAAGUGGAAUGGAUGACAUUGACUUGCCAUUAUAUGAUUUCGCUACCGUUGCUGCUGCAACCAACCAUUUCUCUCAAACAAACAAGCUAGGAGCAGGCGGCUUCGGUUCGGUUUACAAGGGAAUUCUUUCCACGGGUCAAGAAGUAGCAGUAAAAAGGCUGUCAAAAUAUUCGGGACAAGGUCCUGAUGAGUUUAUGAAUGAAGCCCUUUUGAUUGCGAAACUUCAGCACCGGAAUCUUGUUGGACUUGUUGGCUGCUGCAUUGAGGGAGAAGAAAGAAUGUUAAUUUAUGAGUAUAUGCCAAACAAAAGCUUGAAUUAUUUCAUUUUUGAGCAUGACAGAAGCUCUUCUUUGGCAUGGAAAAUGCGAUUUGACAUUAUUUUAGGAAUCGCCCGAGGACUUCUCUAUCUUCACCGGGAUUCGAAACUACAAGUGAUCCACAGAGACCUGAAAACAAGUAACAUUUUGUUAGAUGCUGACAUGAAUCCAAAGAUUUCAGAUUUCAGCCUGGCAAGGAUCUUUCAAGGAGAUGAUACAGAGGCAGAGACGAGAAGAAUAGUUGGUACAUACGGUUACAUGUCUCCAGAGUAUGUCAUUGAUGGAAAAUUCUCUGUGAAGUCUGAUGUUUUUAGCUUUGGCGUGCUUUUGUUAGAGAUAGUAAGUAGCAAAAGGAAUAGAGGAUUCCAGCAUCCUGAUCAUUAUCACACCCUUCUUGGGCAUGCAUGGCUUCUAUGGAGUGAAGGGAGGGCUAUGGAACUUAUUGAUGAAUUUGAACGUGCCUCUUUCGUUGUGUCUCAAGCAGAGAGAUGCAUUCAAGUGGGCUUGUUAUGUGUCCAAAAGUUUCCUGAAGAUAGGCCGACAAUGUCUAGUGUCGUCUUCAUGUUGGCAAAUGAAGGAGCAACCUUGCCACUACCGAAAGAGCCCGGUUUCUUCAUCGAGAGAAGUUCAGAUACCUCGUAUGCAUAUUUCGUUAUGGAAGAAUCCAAGACAUGCAAUGUUGUCACGGUCACAUUGCCCGAAGGUCGAUAG